AUGGCAUCCUUGAUACAUAAUCGUUAUGCUUCUACUAAAUUCGAUUGGAUCAUCAACGACUUCGCGAAGGUGAACUCUGAAGAAGGACUAUGCUCUGAUGUUUUCUCUCUUGGUGGUUUCGAAUGGCAAGUACAGAUCUAUCCAAAGGGGUAUGGAGAUGUAUUUGAGUACUUGUCAAUAUACUUAACCCCUGUGGACUGGAACAAUUAUCCGACUGCAGAGUUCAGCGCUUCCGUUCUUAAUCUAUACGAUCCUAAUGAAAGCGCGACAGAAGGAUUGAAACACAAAUUCGACAAAGUCGGUAAUUACGGUUGGGGUUCGUCGACUUUCAUGCCUCUAAGUGACCUCCACGACCCUGAUGAAGGAUACAUUGUGCAUGGUACAUGCAUUAUUAGAGUUGAGGUUUCAUGUAGAAUAAUAGACGAUUUUGUUACCGAAUACGACAACGAGAGAAACGCAGAAAAGGUUAUGCAAUUUGGUGAUUAUCCAGGCGCCGUACAACCUUUUGGCAAAGGACAAGAUAAAAGCAAAGUUACUUUUCGCGAUGACAAGCAGGAAUUUGAAGAUAUUGGAGGCUUCCAUAUUCUGGAAAAGCAAGCGCCGUUAUAUAAGCAGAUAUGGAUGGAAUAUGGUCAUAUUCCUUCGACCAAUGUUAUGCCGAUUACCUCAUAUCAGGCCCUAGUUUUGGUGGUUAAAGACUUGAUGAGUUGCAUCACAGAUAUGAACAAGUGCCAUUAUGUAGAUUUAUCAGCUGAAAUGAUUGAGAGAUGGGAGGAUAUGAUAAUAAUGGCGGAGAAACUUGAAUUUAGCAUCGGAUGGCUGCGGGAAAGAUUUGAAUAUGUGAAAAAAGGAAUGUGCGGGAUGCAGAAUGUUAAAACUGAACUGCUGGAGCACGGUAAGCGUUUACGCGCAAUAAAAUCAAGGAUAAGGGUACUCAAGAAUGUGAGGACAAAGGCAGAGGUUGAGCUUAUUUCCGAGAUGGAUGACGUGCGAGAGAAAAUAUCUGGCUUACUCUCUGAAUCAGAUACGGAAACCUAUCUAAAAAUAGGUGACGAUACCCUGCUUGAUGGAUUGCUAGAUGAUGGAGUAUAUUAG